AUGUCUGCAGAGCACACUCGCGAUUGGUCGACCCUUCUGCCAACUAUGAAGCCGACUGGACAAAUUGACCAAGCAUUUGAUCUGCCAGAAACUGGCUGCUUUGUGCUGUACCAGUUUCCGUGUGUUUUAGAACAUCCAUCCCACUAUGUCACUUGGCGCAAUAGCGUCUGCCACAUCCUGAAAAUGCACAGACUUCAUCGACUUAUCGACUCUGGCAUUGCCCGCCCUUAUAAAGACUCGCCCAAUGCUCAGAGAUGGCAACAGAUGUCGAUCGAAGUCCGCAACUGGAUCGCGUGGAACAUGAAUCCAAUCCUUGUGCGCAUGAUUGUGAAAGAGGAACCUCGUGCUGAACUGGCAGACGAGUUCAUGGUGGGGGCUGACACGAUUCUUCUUCAGGGGCACACCCGCUCCCCCGUACAAGACUUCGAUGAUGUCUCCGCCGGUCUCUUCAAUCUCAUUCGGUGCCGGCGAGAUGAUUAUUCUAGUAUCCGGUUGUUUGUUCAUCGUCUUAUGGAGUAUUACACACACACGCUGAAUUUGAAAAUGGGAAUUCCGCCGUUUGUCCCGUUGUUGAUUUUAUUGCACGAAAUUGAGGGUGAUGUGGGAACGGCAUUUGUCAAGCUAAGAUACGAUCAACUGGAUGAUUUGAACAAUAUCACCCAGGAUGUCACCAAAGCGUACUUUGAAGAUGUUUACUUUGACGUGUUGGAGCACCUUGAGUUGAUGGGUCAGACACCUCGCGAUGCUCAUCAUCCACUGACUGAAUGA